AGGUUUUUUUGUUCAAGAUCAAGGGUUCCUUUUUCAGUCGGAAGCCCCUUGCCACGACCAUGGCUCGAAGAGCACCAGUUCUGCUGUCCGUGGCCCUGCUUGCUUUCGGACUGCUUACGUUGAACCAAGCGUUCUUGGCAGGCCCAAACAAGCCAGCUUUGCGUGGUCAGGAAGCUGCUGUGGCAGGCGCAGUCCUUGCAGCACUGCCUGCUGCCCCUGCUUUGGCCACUGACCAGGCUUCGGACAGCUUCAGCAAAGUGGAUGCCAUCGUCAUCUUCGUGCCAAUCAUCGUUGUGUGGAUUGCCUUCCUGGAAUGGGAUUCCAAGCAGCCCUCCGCUGACGUGGAAGGUGUCGGCUACCUUGGCAAAACGAUCGAUGGCCCUACACCGGACAAGCCUGCCUACUUCCGUCGCAGCCCUGAGAGCGGCUAGGACCUUAGGUGUGUGGCGAUGCAGCUAAAUGCUACCUCCUGUCAUCCAGCUGGUGUGAA